AUAUAUCCUUAGUUAUCUGCAGCGUCGCGCAAUAGCUUACAAGCGUUCAUCCAUCCUGCAGUUCAUGCGUAACCUCGUUGCGUAAAAUCUUGAAAAAAAUAUUUUACCGAGCAUUGCAGUCUUUCGUGAGAAAAAUUAAAUAACAUUAAAUUAUAAAUAUAUUAUUAUAUAUAUUACUCUCAACAGACAUAAUUAUAAAAGAUCUUACGAAAUAUUUGAAAUCAUGAGUCUCAUAAGACAAAAUUUUCAUCUAGACUGCGAAAAUGGAUUAAAUAAACAAAUCAACAUGGAAUUGAAUGCAAGUUACGUCUAUUUGUCUAUGGCUUACUACUUCGAUAGAAGUAAUGUCGCUUUGCCGGGUCUCUACAGAUACUUCAAAAAAGCAUCCGACGAUGAACGUAAACAUGCUAUGAAGUUUAUGACGUAUCAAAACAAAAGGGGCGGCGAUAUAAUAUUAACGUCCAUCGACGCACCGCUGACAAGCGAUUGGUUGUCUGCAAAAAAUGCUAUGAUCGAAGCAUUAAAUUUGGAAAAAAAAGUUAACGAGAGUUUAUUGGAAUUACACGCCAUUGCUGCGAAACACUCAGAUGCCAAUUUUAUGGAUUAUUUGGAGACAGAAUUCCUUCAAGAGCAGGUGGAUUCCAUCAAGAAGAUCGCCGAUUAUGCUACUAAUCUCGAAAUGGUAGGGGAAGGUCUUGGAGUAUACAUGUUCGACAAGGAAAUGAUAGAAUGAAACGACAGCGCAUAUUUUUUCCUACGAGUUAUCUAAUUACAUCAUAUAAAUUAAUAAAUUUUAUCAUUAACGUAUUAUAUAUAACGUAUUAUAUAUA